AAAACGAAGAGUAUCAGCAUGAUUAAAAAAUUGUAAUAAAUUCUUCAGUUUCAAUAAUAAAAAAUCGUUAAAAGGGAUAAAUGCCAACUGCCAAUUGUCAAUUGCCAUCCGAGGGUAUGGAUUGUGAUAAAAACAAGGCCUCCAGUUGGGAGAUAAAAUUCGAACGUGGCAGUUACAAUUGUUGUAAUUCAAUUGCGAUUGAGAAUCGAAAAGCGACGAACGAUAUCAGGAGUCGAACAGUCGCCAGUUGGGUUCGUUCAAAGAUACACUUUCCCUUUGCCGACAAUUAUUGCUUAUCGACAUUCUUCGACUGUCGACAUGAUCGCAGUUCCAACGUUCAUAUAACCUCAUUCGAUAGGCGCGAACACCUGCGCGCCCAAAACGUGUCUUUGUUUACAUUAAAUUAAAAUAACAAUUGGCAUUUAAAAAAUUGUGGGAGUGUGCAGUUUGAAACGGUGGGAAAAUGAGUUUUCGCAAGCCCAGGAGAGAUUCCGAUGUUAUUCUCUCAAAUUUUAAUCAUAAGGAGCUGCUCUUCAAGUUUCUUAUCAUCGGUGAUUACGGGGUCGGGAAAACUGCCAUUGUCAGGAGGUACACGGAAGGAAAAUUCUCGUCCAACUACAAGAUCACGAUUGGUGCUGAUUUUGCGAUUAAAACUCUCGACUGGGAUCCGCACACAAAAAUAAAUCUGCAAUUAUGGGACAUCGCAGGCCAUGAGAGAUUUGGAUAUAUGACAAGAGUCUACUAUAAAUACGCAGUUGCAGCGGCACUAGUCUUCGAUAUAUCUCGAGUUGCAACAUUUCAAUCCGUUAAGAAGUGGCUGAGCGACCUGCGUGAAAAGGUCACGUUGCAGGACGGUUCUAAUAUUCCAAUAGUACUACUUGCAAACAAAUGUGAUAUUCACCAUGCUGCAAUACCUACAGAGCAAAUAAUCAAAUUCUGUAAGGAGAAUAAAAUUGGGAAAUGGUUUGUUACGUCGGCUAAAGAAAAUAUGAAUAUCGGUCGUGAGAGUGGGGUAAACUUCGACCGAUUGGAACAUAAUCCUUCGCGAAUUAUGGAACCAACUCAGCACAACACAACAUAUCAAUCAACUGACAAUGAUUGUCGCCUCCAUCCGGCAAAUUUAUGCCGCAAUUCUAAAAAUAAAUAUUCUACUCAAAUGUACAAAUGUAACUAUCACUAACUCGAGAGGAAAUAAUCGCUUAAAAAUUAUUUGAUAAUUUUCAAAUGUAUAUUUUCAUGCUUGAAUUUUGUACAUACACGAGUACCCGUAAUUAUAUGUAAAUAGAUGUAAAAUUCAUACGUAAAAUAGUUGAUAAUAAAAUCAUUCAAUAUUUA